AUGGACAGCGACCCAGCUAAGCGAGGCAGCAACACUCCGGAACCGCCUCGGAGCAAAAAGCGCGCCAAAUAUACUCAGGUCGCCUGCAAUGAGUGUAAGCGACGAAAGCUGAAAUGUAGUGGCGAGCCUGUGUGCUCCCGCUGUGCUAGAGACAACGUCCGGUGCGUCUACACCGCGAAUGCUCACGCUGUCGCCAACACGGCUUCUCCUUCGGUCGAGGACCCUGUCAAAGAUGAAAGGUAUGGCAGAUUGUCAAGUCGAUUACAGACCGUCGACCAGCAAAUCGCAUCCCUUCAGCGAGAAAUGCGAGCCAUGGCCGCUCGUCUUCGCCAUCUGGAGUCAACAUCCGUGACCACUCCGGCAAACAACACUAGCAUUCCCACCUCCAUGUCGACUGUUUCUUCGACCUCGGUCAACACGGGACUACAGCGGAUCCUGAAUCGUCCCAAGUCCCCCAGCUACGUCGGUCCGACCAGUGCAGAGUUUGGCCUCACAGCGCGACAAAAGCCGCCCGAGGACAGCGAUGGCGAUGCGGACGAAACAGAUUCGGCAGCAGCGCAAAGCCCAGCGCCUGUUCAAGACUCAGAAGCCUUGUCAGGCGACCCUCUUCGCUGUAUGGGUUUGACAGAGACCCUGCGACUGGUCACAGUAUACGAACAUACCGUUGGCCUGAUCUAUCCGUGCGUGGACCUCGACAGCGUGCGCGCGUACGUGGUCGAGUUCUUCCGAGAUGAGGGGAACGGUCUCAAUGAGGCACGCUCGCCGGAAACUGAAGACCAGGAUUGGUUCUUUGCUCGAGAUGUGGAAGUGCUGAAGAUCAUUGUAGCAACAGCCCUGCUAGCGGAAUCGCACGGUCGGAGCGAAAGAGCGGCCUGGUUGGCAGAUAGCGUCGAGGAUCAGUUCGCUUCACGGUACAAGAUCCCUGAGGUGGACAUGAAGGAAUUGCUUAUUCUGACUUUAGUGCUAACCAGUCAGUCCAUUUUCCAUUCCUACCGCGACGACGAAGUGCUUGCAUGGCGGACAAUCGGGUCUGCCGUCCGGGGUGCCGUCCAACUCGGCCUACACUGCCAGGAGACAUGGCUCAAAACGGGAGGAGUAUUUCCAGGGGAGCUACACAGGACAUGGACCAGCCGGCUGUUCUGGUGCAUCUACGUACUCGAUCGGAAAUGGUCGUUCGGGACGGGCUUGCCAUUUGCCAUCCAGGAUUCCGACAUGGACACGAACCUACCGGAGCCGGGCACCUCAACGCCCUACCUGACCUGCAUGAUCUCGUAUGCACGACUCAGUUCUAAGAUCUGGGGCCUCGUGGUCGGCUGGCGCACGCGGCCUCGAGCCGCGACGGCAGACUACUGCUCAUACCUGGACUUCCAAGUGCAGCAAUGGAUCCAAUCCAUCCCUCCAGAGCUACGCUUCGACCCGUCGCAGCGAUCAUCAUCCACCGGUCCCAAUGCGCAGGCAGACAGCAUGAUGAUGCUUCAAGUGCUAUUAGCACUGCAAGCGAAUCAGCUCCGCAUUCUCGUCUACAGACAAUACCUGCUCAGCACAGAGAGCAUUGAAGAAAGCGUGCCGAGUGCAUCCAUAGCCGUCGAAACCGCCAAAAGCACCGUCCAUAUGCUCGACUUCUUCAGCCGUGUCUCAGACAUCUACUUCCAACGUCCCGAACCAUUCAACUACUUUCUCAUUUCUGCCCUCGCUGCGCUUUUCCUAGCUGUGCUCCACGCCCCUUCUAGAUUCAGCCAGGUCUGCCGUCCAGAGUUCUACAAAGCCGUCGACAUGGUUCGCCGAUCAUCCACUCGAGCGCGCACAUCCCGUCGUCUGCAGAAGAUCAUCCGGAAUUUGAAACUGAUCCGCUCGAACCUGGGCAGUAAGUCACCCAGACAAGCUGGGAGUCAGCUGCAGCACCAGCAACAACACACGCAUCAAACCCCUAGGCGGCAACCAUCGGUAUCUACGACCAUGUCUGCCGCCGUACCCUUUACUCCAGUGGAUACUCCCUACCCUCCACAACACCAACUCUCGGGGUUUCACCCCGUUCCUCAGCAGCCACUGUCGGUAUCCGCAUACUGGCCGCCAACUGCAGGCGGGAAUCAUUCAGCCGCGGUUGAUGAUCAGCAGGAGAGCUGCGAGGAUCUGACGAGUUUCUUUGAAAUGGCGGGCGGAUUUUACUUUGAUCCCAGAGCGCAGGCGGAGGUGCCUGAAGCUGCAAAUGGAAAUGGGACCGGGACUGAUGGGGCGGGGAUUGAGGCUUUGAAUGCAGAAGAUGAGGCGUUGACGCGGGUUAUGGCAGGGUUGCUCUAG